ACAGCUUCAAGACAGAGUUUUGGAAUCAAUUGUUUAGAAAUGUGAGGGAAUGCGGUCGACGCGUCCAAACACUGCAAGGUGUUGGAAAAGUGGUUUUUUUUUUCAUAUUUUUUAGAAAACGCAGUAAUUUGCAUUUGGUAUCCAAACCCGGCGCGUUGUUCAAGAUGGCAGCUGAUUGUCUAAUGAAUAGUUUUUUUUUAAACAUUAUAUUUAUAUGGAUUUAAAGUAAUGUGAAACUAAUAGUUCUUGUUUUUUUACGACUGAUAUACUAGUUUACCGAAGAAACCGCGCAAAUUCCAGGUGAAAUAUGUUUCUGGCCACGACUUGGAGGAAACAAAUGGCUUUCAAUUGAAGAUCUUUGAGCUGGUAUUUGAGAAAUAAAGCAAAGUUUCUUUAACAAGUUCCCCACAUCACUGCUUUAAGAUUUUUUAUUUGCCAGUUCCUUCAAAACACAGUGAUCCAUGAAAGCUUAGGUGCCUCGCCAUGCUGACUAACUAAGAAAGUGAGGGGGAAAAUCUGAGAGAUGCGAGAAAGUGUGCGGGUAUCACAUACCCAAACGGUACUAUUCCUAAAAAAGUAUUUGAAGAAUCACUACGGACAUCCCAGUUUCAAGAAUGUGAAUCCAGUUUCAAGAAUGACCUAGAAUUCAGCUACAAAAGGUUUCGCCCAUUUCCAGGAAAGAAGUUUGAAGAUAAGGGACAAAGGAUAUGCCCGUUUAUUAUGCUUACGUGGUGAUUGGAAAUGCAGCCUUGCAAGAUGUCUUGGAAAAUAUUUUUUCUCUUUUAUAGUGGAAAGUUAAAAGAUAAAGCAAAUUAAUGCACUUUGAUUUCAACUCUAUCAAAAAAUAAAGAGACAUUAAUCCAAACUAUUAUUUAUAUAGUACUGUACUUUUAACACUUAUAGCAAGUAGUUUUUUAUUUGCAAGAGCAAAAUAUACUUUGAUAAAUUGGCAUGUAUAAAAUAAUUGUAUUGGAUUGUGUCUUUCUUGCCUUUAAAAAAAUAAGGUUUCUAAAAUUAUAGGUGAAUCCAUUUGAAAAAUUACUGGUUAUAUGUGAAAUGCUGUAAUCUCUAAACUUUCCAACAGGUAAAUUACUUAGUAUUUAAUGUAUCAUUUGCUAUUAAUAGUCAUUUCUUAGUCUGGUGUUCUUGUGACACAUCUGUACUUUAUUAUAUAGAGUUCAAGAAAGAAAGCUUUUUUAAAGGUGAUUGUUAUUUGUUACAUGGUAUUAUAGUGAAAUCUCUUGGUGGCUUCCUGUCAUAGGUAAUCAUCUCUGUGGUCAGUCUUUAUGAGAAAUAUAAUAUAUUGAAACAAAUAUUGGUAUUCAUAAUCAUAUUAUUUUGUAAGGUGCUUAUUCACUAUUCUGACUGUGACCAUUUUACUAAAUAUAUUUAAUUACCUUUCCUUUUUUCUUCAUAAAUUUUAUUCUUUCUUAGUGGGGUAUAAUUUGUCGUAUAUCUGUGAAAAGUCGUUCAUGUUUCGUAUAUGGAUGAUCUCGUUUUUAUAUACCAGUUUCCAUUCUGUGCACUCAUCACAUACAAGGAAUUAUGUUCAAGAGACUUUGUUUAGGUGAUUUUCUUUUUUAAUGUUAUAACAGUUAGUUAGGUGCAUUGACUUUUGAGUUUGCCAUUACAUAUAAAUGCAUAUGUUUUUAAAUUUUAUGUUUCAUGAACUUUCUCUCUGAAGAUGUCUGAAGAAGAGCUUGUAGUAAAAUCUGAAAAACAGCUUGUAACUCAGCCUGAAAAGCGGCUUAUAUUAGAGCCUGGAAUACAGUUUAUGAUACCACCUGAAAAGCCACGGGUUAAACAUAAACUGAAAGCAUUAAAUUUAGAAACACGAAUGAAAGUUAUUGAAGAUGCUGCUGCUGGUCUUUCACAAAGGAAGUUGGCAGAAAAGUAUGAAUGUAGUAAAACACAGAUACAUAAAAUUUUACAAAAGAAAGAAAUAAUCAAAGAGAAGUGGCGUAAAAAUGCUAACAGAAAUACAAAAAAGGAAACUUUUCAGCCUUAUAGAGAAAUAAAUGAUUUAACUUUGGCCUGGGUCGAAUGGGCUCGUACACAGAAUAUAUCAAUUAAUGGUAGGUAUCUUCGUGAAAUAGCUUCUAGUUAUGCAAAACACCUUAAAAUUGAGAAAUUUAGUGCAAGUACUGGUUGGUUAGAAAAGUUCUGUCGACGAAAUAAUAUUGUUUUUAAAAAUGUGAAUAAUGAAAAUAAAUCCAUUGAAUCCAAGAGGAAGAAUGAAAAUAAUGUUUCUAAAAGUCAGUGUGGUAAAAAAAAAUCUGUUGAACCCAUCAGUGAGAAUGCUAAUGUUGAUGCCAUUGACUCUGCUAGUGAGAAUGUGGUAGUAGAUUGGUUCCAGCCAUUGCCAUCAUUAAUAAAAAAUUAUGAUUUUAAAAACAUUUAUAAUAUAGAUGAGACAAGUCUUUGUUAUCAGUCAUUGCAUUCUAAAUCAUUCACAUGUAAAGAUCCUGACAUGUUUGAUGCUGAAAAAGUAAAACAGAGGAUAACAGUAAUGCUGUGUGUUAAUGCUUUAGGAGAAAAAGAAGCACCAUUGAUAGUAAACAAUUCCUUACAACCGAAAUGUUUUAAAAAUCUCUGUAUGUCUGAUCUUGGUGUGGAAUGGUAUGCCAACCAAAAGUCCUGGAUGACAGAUAGCAUUUUCACUAACUGGAUUGAAAAUUUUAAUUCAAAAAUGAAAAAGCAGAACAGAAAAGUAUUAUUAAUUUUGGAUAAUUCCCCAUGCCAUCCCAAAAUAACAUUGAGUAAUGUUAUUUUAUUGUUUUUACCUAGUAAAUCACAACCUUUGAAUCUUGGAGUAAUAAAAUUAUUUAAACUUCAAUAUCAGCGUCGUUUACUGACUUCAGUAUUUGCACUUACAAAUUCGGUAGAAAAUGUAAAUGAAAUGAUUAAACAAAUUACCUUAGCAGAUGCAGUAGAAUAUGUGAAAGAAGCAUGGAGCUGUGUAAAUGAGAAUACAAUAAAGAACUCUUUUAAGAAAAGUGUUAUUAAUUGCAAAUUGCCUGAAGAUAUACAUGCUGAAGAAGUCAUAGUCCAGACAGAAAAUGAAGUCAUAGCUUUAAGUCAGCAAUUAGGAAUUGAUAUCAAAAUUAAUUUUGAAGAAAGAGAGUUUCAGGUUGAAGAUGAUUGGGAAGAAGACAAUCUUGAAAUGCAGGCCAUUGCAUCUUCUUCUAAAGAAGUCCAAAUAAAGGAAGAAAGUGAAGAAUUUCCUGCUCUUCCUUUAAAUGAAGCUCUAGACUAUGUAAACAAGUUAAAACAGCUUGGUCGUAAUCUAGGAAAUAAUAAGAUGGUUGAUUUGCUUUAUGGAGUUCAAACUCUUUUAGAAAAGGAAGUGAUUAACCAUAAGACAAAUUUAAAUAGGCAGCCAUAUUGAAUGAAAUAUAUUUUUGGUUAGAUAGAAGCAAAACUCAAGAAUUCACUAAAUGCAAUAUUUUUGAGUAAGUGAGUAAAGUUUAUUGCAUAAGCUUUCUGUGCUUCUCACAUAAAAGCUGUUUCUGUGCUUUGCAUAUGAAAGUAAACUAAUUUUAUUGGGUAGCGAUAAAUAGUGUGUCACAUUUCAAUUUCUCUCUCUCUUUUUUUUUAAUACAAGAGCCUUUAUGUAAAUGAAUCCUCAUCAUGACUAGUCAUAUAUUUUAUCUGAAGUAGUCGCCUCCGCUGUAAGCCAUAAGCAUCUGGAAUUAUGGUUGGGAUUUUUAAGGAAGAUUUCGUUGUAUCAGUCAAGCUGCUAUACAUACCUCUUUUUAUCUUUAAUUCUUGAAAGUUUUUUUUUAACCCCCUGCAGUUGCUGAUGUGUAAUAAUUAUUUGACUAUACAACUAUGUAUGUAAAAUUUUGGUAAUUGUUUUGUUAGUCUGCUACCUGACUUUAUUAUUAUUUUCUUUUCUAUUAUUUUCAAUUAGCUUAUGUUGCAUUUUCAUUGUGAUUUGUGAAUCAAUAAAGAGAAGGCUUACUUUAGAGCAUGAAAUUUACUGAUGGGAUCAAGAGAUUAUUUUUAAAUUUUUGGAAAGAAAUGGAAUUAUUUGAAUGAAAAGCUGUAUUUGUUAAAAUUAUGGAAUAUGGAACUGAUAAGUGCAAUUUAAAAAAAGAUUUCACAGUUAUAAAGUGAAAUUGCACAGUUAUAAAUCAAAUUGCAUUUACAGGAAAAAAGCAACAGAGUGAAAUGCUCUGUUGUUUUUUCCUGUAAGUGCAAUUUGAAGAUGAUUUCCCAAAUUCUUUGCAUUUAUAAAUUGUGCUGGAUGCAUAAAUGUGUUUAUUUCUCUUGAAUAUAUACCAAAGUAACCUAAUUUUGUAUUUCAAAUUAUUUUCUACUUAUAAGUAUAUUUUGAUCAUUAAUAAUAUUUGUAAUGGUCAUGUUUUCUGAAUUCAUAAAUAACAAAAAUCCUUCUUUAUCUGUUAAAUAUUAUACCUGUAUUUAUUCCAUCACAAAUAUUAAUAGUCCUAUAAUUUUUUGUAUGUUCAUAUAUUCUGUAUGUCUGAUUUUUCAUUUUGUAUGAUAUAAAAUCUGAUUUGGCAUUAAUUUUCCUAUAAGCAGCAUGCAUUUGUAUAAAAAUAAAUUCAUGUCAUUUGGAUUUCUUCAUUUGAUUCAUAAUUAUUUUAUUUUAAAAGCGAGGUAACCUUCUUUUAUUUUAAAAGCUGUAAAGACCUUUAGUGACUUUUAUAGUAACUAUUAGUAACCUAAGUAAAUAACCUAUAGUAACCUAAGUAAAUAACCUAUAGUAACCAUUUUUUCCUGUAAAGAAUUUGGAAGAAGUAGGUUCAUAAAAGCAUUCAUUCCUUGAACCGAUUAAUUUAUCCCAACCAAUAUAAACUAUAAAAUUAAUUUUCUAAUCAUGCAGUGUAAUUAGUUUGAAUAAUUAAUAAUUGAAUGAUUUUUAAGUUUAAAAUUAAUUGAGUUGGUAUAAAACUUGAUUUAUAGAAAUAAAAAAUUCAACUGUGGGUUAAAAAUCUUUCUUUGAGGCCAUGAGGCAAGGAUUUCGUACUAUUUAAGAAGGAAAAGAUUUUUUUUUUUUUUUUUUGUCUAGUUUUGUGUUUAAGUGGGUAUAUGUUUCUCCAAAUAAUGCUUGAUGUGUUAUGUAAAAUUUCAGAUAUGUUCAUAAUGAAUUUCCUAAGUUAAUUCUUCCAUUCAUUUAUUAAUUUUUAUGUUGUAGUUUUAACUGAGAAAUCACUUCCUAACUAACAAAAUCAACUUGCAGAACAGGAGAAGGGGGUUAAAUCUCUUUUCAUUAAAACUCUGGCAUGGCAGGCUGAUGAUUGUAGGAAAAUGCAACAUUGAUUGACAUAGAUUUUAAGGAGGAGCAAUUUCAGAGAUUCGUACAAUCACCUUCUACAGCUGCAACUGAAUGAAACCCAAGUGCUAUGAAAAACAAAAACUACAACCAAAGUUAUCUGUGUUGCUUUUUUCGUAUUUCUUUCUUCCUCCCACCUUGACAAAAUUAAAAAAAAAAAAAAAUUAAAUAAGUAAGUUCAGGCUGCGAAAGAUGCACAUUAAAUUAGUAUUUUCAAGCAUUUGUGUUAGAUAUCAAGGGCAAAAUAAAAAUUAAAUAUUUAAAUUUUUGAUAGGAACAAAAAAAAAUUGGUUAUUAAUUGCAGUCAGAAACAAAGAAUUUAUAAUAAUUUUGAACAUUGUUUGUAUGUAAAUUUGAAGAAUUUGAUAUCCAUAAGUCCUGGAUGACAGAUAGCAUUUUCACUAACUGGAUUGAAAAUUUUAAUUCAAAAAUGAAAAAGCAGAACAGAAAAGUAUUAUUAAUUUUGGAUAAUUCCCCAUGCCAUCCCAAAAUAACAUUGAGUAAUGUUAUUUUAUUGUUUUUACCUAGUAAAUCACAACAAUAAUUGUGUGCCAGUGAAAGGGCUAGCCAAAUUACCUGAAUUUAUUCUUGCUACACUUUCAUUCCUCCUCUCUUCAAAAUUUUAGUAGCAUAUAUAUAUAUAUAUAUGUAUAUAUUUAAUAUUAAGAGAAGAAAACCUGAUUGUAACAUUCAUCAUUCAGCUCAAUGGUUCUCAGUUUGUCACAUUCUUCAUUUCCACAAUCUGUCAUUAUGUCAUUCCUUUUAAAGUUAUCCUUCCUGUUACUGGAAAAUACAACUUAAAUAAAAUUGGUGCAUUCCCAAGUAAUAUAUAAAAUCAAAAUUAUUUUAUUUUAAUGCGUCAGUUUUAUUAUAUUAAAUGUAUACAUAUGUACAGAGUGUUUUAUAAUUAAAGUUAACCUAUUUAUACCUAUGUAGAGUCCAUUCUGGUUGACCUAUUUCAUUGAAACUUGGUGUAUGCAUUAUUGGACCACAGAGAAAAGAAAAUUGCAGUAAAAAAUGAUAGUUCAAAUGUUGACCAACAAGUCAGAAGGGGGUUCAUGAUGAACAAAAAAAUACAAAUUAUAAAUGUAAAACUUUAUUUAAUCAUAGUAUUUAUUCAGUGUGUGUUCCAUUUGCAUCAAACACAUAUUUAAGGCAUGUUAUAGUGUGUUCAGUAGCAGCAUGAAGGGAUUCUUGAUCAAUUGCAGCAAGAUGACAUGUUAUGCAUCAGGCAUAGUUAGUAUGCUUCUUUCAUAGACAGGAUCUUUUAGGAAUCUGCAUAACCAGACAUGGAAACAGGGAUUCAAGUCUAAACAAGAAGGCUGUUCAAUUGUAAACUUUUCAAAAUAAUCUGCUCAUCUCCAGAGUGGGCACAAAGCAGUGCAUUCAUUGGUCCUCUAGUGUGAGGUGGUGCACCACUAAAAUAAUUUUAUGCUAGUGAAGGGCUGGCUUUGGUAGUUACACAAAUGAGAAUGUUAAACUUUGGUAGUCUAAACAAUUCUCAUUCGUGUAAGGCAGAAAUGACUUGCUUUUGAAGAAGUUCACAAGUGGCUGUUAUCGUGGGCUUUUGUAAAGUAAAGCUUUUGAGGCUUGACUCUUACCUUUGAGGGCUUUGUUCAGUUUUUUAUCGGCAUAUAAGCUGACGCAGUCACAGAAGUCAGAUACCAAGGCGAUUCUCUACCCUGUGUGUAGCAGAUGAAGAAAGUUUUGGGCAUAUCUUUUCUUUUGCUAGUAUUGUCCAAAGAUGAGAUGACACAUAUCGUUAAGCGAAGUAGAAAAAUAAAUGUAGAACUAUCACAAUUAUGUAGUUGAUAGCAAUUAUAGGCAUGUUGCGUCGAAUUAAGAAGUGAGCAUAAAAUAGUUAGAGUCAUAACUUGCAAUUGAUUGCGAUAAAUGAUGAGAUUCAUUUUGAGAACCCGUAGUCACCCUGCUGGUAUCUGUCGCUGAACUGGAAGAGCGUCUAAACUGCCACUAAGUUCAAGAGGUCACAUGAUCUAGAGCUAAAGCUAUUGGAGGGAAGAAGAGAAAGUACAGUGUAGUCAGACCAUCGGCAGGCAUUGGGGGGAGGGGGGAGGAUUUCCAGAGCCAUACAUAAAUUAGAGAUUGAUUGAGCCGAAACGGGGGGGGGAGGGUCUAAGAAGUCAUAAAUAACCAAUGUUAUGCUAACAAGAAAGUUUUAACUUUGAAUAAGUGCAAAAAUUUAUGAUAAUCAUUGGGAAUUAAAUUAAUUAGUGGAGGACUGAAUGUAAUAAUAAAAGAAAAGCACAUAAAAUUGUUUUAAGGCAAAAUUAACAAUAACUUAAAUUUACUUGAAGCAGAGGCCACCUUUAUUAAGAUAUAUUUGCACACUUUUAAUUGAAUCUUCUAGGUCUCCUGGUGUUCCUGCUAUCGUUAUAGUCAUAAUCCAUAUGGGGAAUGCUUUCGUUAUUGACACUGGUAAUUUUCCUGUAAAAUUUCCUAGCCAAUUUGGCCAUAUAGCUUUUUAACUGAGGGACUUUAAGCUUGUAAUAUUACGUAUAAACCACCUGCUUCUUGUCAUUUGACGUAGCGUCAGGUUUUGUUGUAUCUGUAAAUUUUUCAUAUGCGUCUCGCUGGCAAAACCUCAAACAGGACAGGCAUAAGUGAUAAUAGAUUGCAACAUGACUUUAUACAAGAGCAGCUUAUUGUCUAAGGAGAGAACAGAAUUCCAAGCAAUUAGGGGGAAGAGUUUUGAUUUAGCGGCUCGGAAUUUUUUAAUUAGCUGUGUUAUGUAGUGGUUCCAUGUAAAGGUUUUGUCCAUCAUGACUCAUAGGUAUUAUCACAGUCUUAGCCCCACGGGGAUAACAUUCCAUACAUAGUUAUCUUUUGUGUGAUUAUUCUUUUCUUCGUAAACAGGACGGCUUCCGACUUGUCCACAUUGAUUAGAAUUUUCCUCUUUUGAAGCCAGGCCUCAAGGUGCAUGAAUGUGUAUUUGUAGUGCUUGUGCAAUCUGGUCUAAAUUUGCAUUUUUUGCGAGACUUGCUGUGUCAUCGGCAUAAAUGGCAAGUGUAGUGCAGGGUGUCUGUGGGAUGUCGUUCGCAUAAAGUAAAAAGUAUAUCGGGCUGACCAAAGACCUUUGUGGUACUGCCAGCAUGAAUGCGUCUCUGUGUGGAAUAUGUGUUAUUGUAGCGAAGAACAAAGUUUCUCUCAUAGAGAUAAGAUUUAGUGAUGUUUAUGAUGUAUCCUGGAAAGCCCAGGGUGAUAAGUUUGUAGAUUAAACCGUCUAGCCAGACUCUGUCGAAUACUUUUGAUAUAUCGAGGAAAAGUGCUCAUGUGCUUUCUCUUUUAUUGAAUCCUUCCGAGAUUAAUUCUGUGACCCUGCACAGCUGCUGAGUUGUAGCGUGUUUCCUUCAAAAACCAUGCUGCUGUGGAAUUAAGGUAUUUUUACUGCUGAUGUGCUCCAGUAUCCUGUCUUGUAUAAAUGCCUUGGCAAUUUUGCUGAGUGUAGAGAGAAGACUUAUCGGACGGUAAGAUGCAGGGUCGUUGGCAGGUUUUUAAGGCUUUGGAAUUGGUACUAUCACAGCAGUUUUCCAUCUUUUUGGGAAGUAGUUUAGGGUCAGCAUAUGAUUUAAGAUGUUGGUGAACUUGAACAGCAUCACAUGACCUACCUGGUGAAUCAUCUUUGUACUAAUGCCAUCCAAGCCUGGGCUUUUUCUAACUUUUCUUUUCUCGAUAUAUCUAAUAACUUCCGAGGGUUUAACUAGACGAAUGUUGUCUGUGUUUGUUUUUGAGAAGUAUUGAUUGUUUGUAAAGCUAACUGUGUGUUCUGUAUGUGGGUUAGAGAUGUUGUGAGUGUAAAACUGAGAUGUGUAGUUAUUAGCUAGUAACUCAGCUUUCUCAGUUUCGGUGUAGGUGAUUUUGUUACGGCCAUUAAGGGGUGGAAUGGUGGUGUAGCAUCUUUUAAAUUUGGAAACUGCUUUCCAAAUUGUUGUCAGUGGAAAGAGAAUCCAAAUAAUUAGACCAGUCUCUUUGUGCAUGUAAAUUAGUAAGGGACUUGACCUCCUGAUUCAGUUGAUUAAGGAUCUUUUUGUCAUUAGGGCAACGUGAUCUUUGCCAUUCCUUCCUCGCUCUAUUUCUCCUUGUAAUCAGAGCAUUGAUUUGAGGAUCUCUGAGACGUUUCUUAUGAGGAACUUCUUUACCGUUAUUAGAUAGAGUAGUUUUUAAGGUGACUAUGAACUCUUCUACUAAUGCGUCUAACUCAGUCUCACUCUGUGCUGUGGGUAGGGUGUACUGGGUGUUGUUCAAAUCUUUGGCGUAAUUUUCCCAGUUCGUAAUAAGGGCUAUUUUGUAUGGUGUGCUAUAGCCGCUGAUAGUAGUUUCCAUAAUCACCAGAUUUUGAUCCGAUGACAUCUCUGAAAGGCUGUUGGAUCUUAUUUGGAGUGUUGACAUUUUUCAUGAUAAAGAUGUCAAUGAUGCUAGCACUAUCAGAGCUAUAGCGUGUUGGGUAGAGCGGAGCUACAAUCUUGACAUUAGCCAUGUUGGCAAAUCUAUUUAUAGUGUGUCUGUAUGCGUUAUUAUGACUGCAGUUCCAAUUUAUGUGUUGUGCAUUAAAGUCACCACCUAAAAUAAGUUGUGUAUUGAGUUUGGAAAGCGCUUCUAAAUCAGUGUAAACUUCCGUUUAUGAUCAGUGGGAGGGGAUAUAGAUGGAGACUAAAGUAAUUGGUCAUUGGGUGUGUGGAAUGAUCGUAAUAGCUAACACCUCUAUUGCUAAAAGCUGUGAAAUUGUGUUUUCGUAGUGAGGGAUGGAGCGCUUGAUUAAAAUCAUAUGUCCACCACUGCAUUUUCCAUUUGUACACUCUCUAUCUUUUCUGUAGGUGUUAUAGUUGCUCAUCCUGAAGUUUUGGUGUAGGCUAAGCAUUAUUUUUUGUAGGAAAAUAACAUCGGGAGAGUGCUCUUGUAUAAAAUCCCUGAGUUCAUUAACUUUCAGGGAUAAGUCAUUUGCGUUCUAUGUAACGAAGGAAAUGUUAUCACAUACAUUAGUUACACUGGCCAUUAAUCUCAUUCAUCAUUACAAAAUACACAAAUAAUUUAUCAGUAUUGUUCGUAUGAGACGUUGGAAACAUAGGUUUUAAAAAUUGUUGUCAUUCUUGCAAUAUUUGCUUGACCAAAAACAUUAUAAAUUUCCUUCAUAUAAAUUAAAAAUUGAAAAAUAUCUGAGCUAUUAGUGCUCUUAAUAUUAAAAUUUGUUAAAUUUUCAGAGACAUUAGCAUUAGUAUUUUAAUUUUUAUCCUGUGGAAAUCCAGCAAUGUUCAGUUUUUUUGGACUUAAGUCCUCCCUAACUGCAUUAGUCAUGUUAACAGGUUUAGGGCUUGAGCGAAGCUAAUGACAGGCUUUAUUUGAUUUUUCUUACUGUUUGAUGGUUUGUAUUUUGGAAAUUUAGGGCAUCCUCGAUAGGAACUUGGAUGAUUUCCAAGGCAAUUUACACAUUUUAGUUCUUCAUUUCUACCUUUGAUGGCACAAGCAGUAGUUCGAUGUUUUUCUGCGCAUUUGACGCACAUUGGCUCAAAGAAACAAUUCUCAAAGGAAUGAUGCCACUUUUGGCAAUUGUGGCACUGAGGGAGCUGAUUUUCAGACAUGUACUUCUCUACCUUAACAGAGAAUAACAUCAGGCCCCUCAGGUUGUAUAUCUCAUCCACUUUAUCCGACUGCAUUAGCAUCAACAAAAAUAAUGUCAUUGGUGCUUUGGUUCUUCGGCGAGUAAGUUCUGCAACUUUUUGCACAAUGAAACUUUUAUCAGAAACUGCCUGGGCUCUUUCUUGGUGAUUUGCAUUUGAGGGGAGUCCUUUAACCUUGAUUGGCCUUUUAUAUUUUUCGCUUAUUAUAUAAUGCUCAACCUUAGUUUCCUUGAAAAAUGCAGUUAGGGUACGGUGAUCAUCCGGAGUUUGGGGGAAGAUUUUUAAAAAUUCAAUGUUGAUUUUCCAUAAAAAUUUAGCCUGUGUUUUUGUAUCAAGUUGCUGAAGAAAAUCACCAAAAGAUAAGACUCCGGGUUUAACCAUUAUGGGUGGAAUAUUUGGGGGUCUGGGGGGAGCUAUUGCUGGAUUUCCACGUCCUCAGGGGAAGUGCCAGCAUUAUCCAAAUUAUUAUCAAUAUUACUUUCAUUCAAAAUAGCAAACUUAUUUUUAACUUCUAACACAUUCUUCAUUUUUUUCAAUUUUUAACUGCUUAGAUGUUUUAGUUGGAAAUUGAAAACCAUUACUAUCAGUAAUAUCAUCAUAAUUUUUCGAAACAGUUUUACGUUUGUUACUUAAGGUACUACUACUAAUUGUUGCAAUAUUUAAUCUAGACAUGCCUGUCGAAAUAGUCAAACCACACUUACCUCCAAGUUUGGCUACUUAAUUCUUGAGCUGCUUGAUGAGUUUAAUCAUGGGCUUAGUCACAAUGUCCGGCUGUGUCACAGCACGCUUCUGAUGGUAGGCUUUCACGGCAGAUUUUGUAUGUUCUAUCUGUUUCUCCAAGUCCACGAUCUGCGAACGCAUAAAGUCGAUCGAAACACUAUUAGCAGUUAAGUUGGCGACUUCUUGAGCCUUAAGCUGAACGUUACUAUUGAUGACAUGGACGCUAUUGUCCACGCGAUUAUCGUUAUCACCAUCAGGCGAAACAACUUCAGCUGGCUCGCUCAUAACAAGCACCUACAUCCACCAGGAAUCAGGACCGAAUGGCUUUGUGCAGUGUUCUCAAAGAAAAAGGGGCCAUGAACGAAAUAGCUGUAAAACCACCCCAUACAGUAAUGUAAUCAAGAUACAGAGACCAUUCAUGCACAACAUUAGGACUUGAAUUACCCAAUAUAUGACAGUUUUGAAUAUUAAAUACACCAUCUAGGGUAAAAUGCGCCUCAUCCAACCACAAAGUGUUUCAAGGCCAGGCAUUGUAAAUGGCUUCUGACAAAAGAAGGCUAGCAGAAUCAGUUCAUUUGCUCAGGUCUGCAGAAUGCAGCUCUUGUAAAAGUUGGAUCUUGUAUGGAUACCACUUUACAAUGGGUCUACAUAGGUUUAAAUAGGAUAAAUUUAAUUAUAACAAUCCUAUAUUUAAUCAGUAUAUAUUUAUUAAUCUAUAAACUUUUAUAUUUAGUAAAUGCAGCUAAGAAAUUAUUUUUAUUGGUUUUGCUGUAUAUAAAUGAUGGCAUGUGUUUAACUUUUUCACUUUAUUUGGGUUAAGCAAUUUCAACUGCUUAUAACCAAUUUUGCCAUAAGUUUUUUCUGGCAAUUUGAAUGUCCCAUUUUGUGGUCAAAUAAAUAUCCUUAAAGCUAUAAAUCUGUUUUUAAGGAGGGGGAUACCUUUUCAAUUGAGAGUCCAUGAUUUAGCUAUUUUUCCCUUCUUUGUGUAGAAUAGUUUUUGUAAAUAUUAAUUAUUGAAUAUUAUGUGUAAAAAAUGUAAUGCAUAUUAUGUGUAAAAUAUGAAUAAAAAAUGUGCCUGUCUGCUAUAAUCUUUUUAAUCUUUUAAAUAUUUUUUUCCAUAUGACUGUAUUUUCUUUUUUUAAUCAAAUGCUAUGAUAUUUAAAGAUAAUUUGAAAAAUUAAGUUUUUUCCCCCUUUUAAAAUAUUGUGUGUUGCCUUACUUUUUGUAUAAAAGUGUUAUAUCAUAUUUUUGUUAAAUUAUCUUUGCACAUGUUAAAAGACUAGUUAAGCAAAAUAAUGGUUGAAAGUUUUAAUGUCUGUUACUACAGUUGAUCCGUUGCUGUUGUAUUACAUGUUAUGGUAAAUAAAUUGAGAAAUAAAAUUUAUUAUUAUUUUAUA